GUUUUAAAAGUUCCAGUUUGUGAUUAGAAUGUCUGCUUUAUCAUUAACUUAACAAUGAAGGCAGAGGAAACCCAUACAGAAACUAAAUCCAGGGCUAAGCUGAAAGCAUAAGGUAACCAGGCAACCAUCUCCCAAACUGUGCACACCAAGACACACUGAUAAAGGAGAGCUAUACACCGCCUCCAGCCCCCUGCACACUCUCAACUGCAUUAUAAUGAGCUGAUCUCCUAAAUAAAUACCUCUGUGAGCGUUACGUGGAAGGAACAUGGCUUCUACGGUGCUGAGCGCCAACCCCGUUUAUUUUUAUGACCAGAUGAAAACAAGAACAAUUAAGAGAACAAAGAAAAUCCCAGAGGAAUUACCGUCUGAUAUGAAGUACAUGAAUAUUAACCCACGUCUUGCAAAUUUUAUUAACAGCAUCAAUAAAAAUAGAAAAGGAAACUCUACUCAACCUGAAAAAAAGCAACCACCAUUUCCAAAUGAGGACAAAGUACGAGGAGAAGAAAAAUACCCCUUGUUACCAGAAAUCAAUAGUUCUAAUUCAAGAAAAAACAGUGUGGAGAAUGUUGCCCAGAAGGUGUCCCAGAUCCAGAUGGAUGAUGACCAGUUCAUGAGUCCUUUUGAAGACCAUAAGUAUGUUGCCCCAACCUUGCUCCACGAGCUUGGUAAACUACUUUUUAUCUUCUCACAAUAUAAGAUCAUCUUCCCUCAAGGAGUGGUGAAUGUUCUUAAUUACAGCUGGAAAGAGUUAAUUGAAGGAGCAGUGUAUACCAAACGAUAUUGGCAGUCCAAGAAAGUGGCAUCAGAUAUGAGCCUAGUGGAAAGUGAAAUCAAGCGACCAGGAGCAGGGACUGCACCUCAUGAAAAAGUGGACAAUGCCAAGAAUAGUAAAAACAAGACUAAUGCAGCUCUGGUGGACCAUGGGAAGGAGAAGGGAGGGCAUGAUGUGAUUCAAAAUAAACUGCCCGGAAACAAAUCGCCGCAAAGCUUUGCGCCUCAUUUACCUGUCACUAUCAGCUUCUCAAUGUCAUCCAGAGCAUCUGAAAGCAGAGGAUGGAUUUUUCAGAAGACAGAUACAUCAUCAGAAAUUAUGGAGUGGAAGGGACUCGUUACCUGGGCACUGGAGAGACUGCAACUCGCUCAAAUACAAAUUAACAAGCAGUUAAUGGCUUUGAAGGAGAAAGGGUGGUCCUAUCCAGUUAUUCUUCGCUAUUACAACAAAAAUAAGAAGGCACUGCAAGUAAAACUCAGAAAAACAAAUAAAUCUCCUUCGUUUUCCCUCACGGAUGGAAAGCCACCGAUCCCUGAGAUAAAGCGGGAAAAUACCUCUUUGCAGAAACUUCAUUAUGCCCUGAUUGAUGGCUCCACCAUGGUUUAAUA